AUGGAAGGCUUCCUAUUACCAUAUCAAUUCGUUACUGAACGCUACUUUACGCCUCGACGACAUCAAUCGCCAUUUGUCCAGCAGGCAACAGGUUUCCAAGACUUUGUGAUUCGCUGUGUCCGUUAUGCAUUUGCCUUUUUUCCCGCGAAGAUUGGUCGUGUAUUCUUUUCUAAAGGGGUUGCUCUUCCAUUCAUGAGAUUUCGCAUGCUUCGGCAUGGCUUUGUUCAUCCACCUGUCCCUUGGCGUGAGAUUGAUCUCGGUGUCACCCAUGGUGUCUAUAUUUCGCAUGACAUCGAGGAGAAGCCUGAUCUGGUAAUCUACUACUGCCAUGGAGGUGGCUUUUCUAUGGGAUCGGCGUACUUUUACUUGGAGUUUCUGAUGGCAUGGGUUACCUUGUUGAAAGAAGCAGGCUAUGAGAACCCUGCAAUCUUUGCCUUAGAGUACACCCUUGUCCCUGAUGCUGCAUAUCCAAGACAACUGGACCAGACUGUUGCUGGGUAUGACUUUGUCUGUUCAAUUGUGAAAGAUUCCUCCAGGAUCUGUGUGGGUGGCGACUCGGCUGGCGCGACACUAAUCUUGAGUCUCUUACUUUACCUUGCAAAGCAUUCUCAUAGGUACCAAGACCUUAAGCCUAGCUUUGCCACGUUAAUAUCACCCUGGACAGUGCUGGUCAGUGCUGAAAACAAAAACACCGCCAGUGAUUAUCUCAAUGCUGAGAGCCUUCAUCUGUAUGCUCGUCAGUAUGCUGGCUCAGAAAGGAGCCUAGAUGAGUGGCUAGUUUCUCCAGGAAGGUGCAUAGACGGCGACAUGUGGGCCAAAGCCUCACCUUCUUCAGGUUAUGGCUUUCUCUUUGGGUCCGAAGAAGUGCUGGGACCAGAGAUGCGGAAGCUGGUUGCUUUGUUGAGGAGGAAUGGAUGCCCUGUUAGUGUGAGGGAGGAGCCAGCCUCUAUUCACGCAUGGCCUGUAGUGACGCUAUUUCUUUCGGACACGCAGGGUGACAGACAAAAGGGCUUGAGAGAUCUUGUCAAAAUGGUCAAGCAAGCUAUUCCUCCUCCUCCUAUGAAGUCCAAGGAUGCACUUAGGAAUGGCUUCUCAGCAAUAAAUUCUUAA